AUCACGCAGAGAAUGCACGCGAACCUCUGGGGGCAGCGUCACCACGGCGACGGAGCUCGUGCUCGCGACCCGGUGACGUCAUCACGCCGGCUGCGCGUGACGUCACUUCCUGACGGCCGCCGCUCCACCCGCGUGUUCUCCGGUCCACUCCAUGGCCUCCGAGGCCGCUGUCCGCUCCCGCAAGGCGAGCGCCGUGGUGGGCGGCGUGCACACGGACGCGCUCUGCUGCGCAUUCGCGGACCGCGUCCUCGUCCUGGUGACGCAGCGGCCGCGUCUGGGCCUCGUCGUGAGCCUCACGGCAAUGGACGGGCCUCCGGGAUCAUCGGAGUCGCCGGCACCGCAGGGGACACAAGGGAUACCACCCCCGAGCUGUGACUCGCGUGUACUGCUCGGCAAAGACGAGCCUAUGAGCCACGUGUGCGCGCGGAACGUGGCGGGGCACGUGAGCCGCGAGGCCGGGGGGCGGCCCGUGCUGCUGGCGCUCUCCCUGAGCGGCGACGUCACCCCUGAGUUGGUGCGCUCUCUCCGCGCCAUGGUGGACACGUGCCGGGUGUGGUGACGACGACGACGACUUCCAUCGGCGAGGGUUGAACUGGAGAAUGGGCAUAGCGAGGGUAACUCGGGGAAACACGGAUUCACGCGAGGUUGAAUUUCGUCCCAGAUCUGUUGGAUCCUACCGUAACUGCAAGUCCCGUGCUGUGGAGUCAGACACGCGGUUGUGACUCAAGACGCUGUCACGCGGGGGCUAAGUGAGCAUCAUGUUGGGUGUGUGUGGGAGGGUGCGGCGUUGUAAUUGGUGAAUAUUGCACGGGGGAUUGAGUCUUUCUGGCCUUGUGUCACAGGCUGACUUACUACAAUUACUCGGGGUUGACGUUCACCAUCUCUCACCGUCCAGCCAGUCCAUGCGUAACGUUCUUGCGACAACGUUCACCGAUGCGAAUUAAGAUUUCAAGAGGCAAAAUGCACGACUCGAUGUAAUAGAGCAGCAAUGCUGAGUAAAGUCGCGUCCACAUCCACGCGAUCAGUUAUGCAACCAAAUCGCUGUCAACAUCAUGCAACGUAUUCGCCUGAAACUGCCUUGUCCACAUCUGACCGAGUAGUCAGUCAUGCAACAAGGAAAUUAAACCGCGUUUUCAAGAUUGCAAUUAACCCUAGUUCGCAAGUGUGCACGUGAUGAAAUACGUCGCUACAAAUUUCUCAGCAGAUCAAUGCUUGAAAAUGGAGUGUCUCUAGGGCAAGCAACCAGUUGCGUAACCAAUUUCUCAGGUUCAUGGCUGGCUUAAAGAUUAUUGAUGACACUGGGAGCAGUGCAAGGAAUCGCAUAUCAACCUCUUCUCCACGUAGCCCGUGCUGUAGCUGCCCACUCGCAACUCGACACCUGCGUCAUGUCACCUUGUCUCACACGUGCAAUUACAAAGUCCUGAACUUUGUUUUCACACCAAAUUGACAAAAGGUUAAUGAUAUCAGGCAUUUCGACUGUUUGUUUACUUGUAAUGCUUUGUGGGCCAGGUUACACUUUGUAAGUGACUUUUGGUCUCGGUGAGCCCUCGGUUUAAAUAAAGAAUGUUUGUAUUAAAAAUGUAUAAGACAAAUAUGUUACGUGUGGUAGAUGGAAACGUUCACAAAUCAUGCCUCGGUGAGCUUCUGGCAGAUGGCGUAGUCCCAGAGCUCGCUGCAGAAUGCACCCCGCUCGCCUUACAGCAGCGACUCGCCUACACUCCCAUACCACGGGUGCAGCGAAUAUACUCUAAAAUCUUGACUUAAAGCUUUCGUGACUGCAGAAAUUAAUAUUCUUUGGGUCUUUCGGUAAAGUCACGUAGAUAGGUUCAAACUAUAUAUAUCUUAACUUUGGAGCUUUCGUGACUUCAGGAAUUAUUCUUUGGUUCUUUCUUUGAAAUUUUCACACUUAAAUUCUAUUUCGAUUUAAAGCUUUCGUGACUGCAGGGAUUCAUC